ACACAGAAUAUGACUAAAUCUUUCAUACAAAAUAAGAUGCCCCAAGAGAUGACUUUUACCAAUGUUGUCCCCACUGUGAGUGCCUCUACGGCUAUUCCAGCAGCUAGUUUACCAGACCCAUCAACAUUCUUCGAUACAAUAGGACCAGAACCACAAAUUCCUAGCAGAAAAACUAGUACAAUUUCAGCGUCUGUGCUUUCUGACGCUAUGGAUGGACUGAGUCUCAAAAACCAACCAGUAGACAAAGAAGCUGAUAGACGGCGAGAUGCAUGGAUACCUAAUGAGGAAGCUAAGAAAACUUUAUUGAAGGCUCAGUCUUCUCCAAAAGGUUCAUUUUUCCCUGAAAGAGAAGUUCUAACAAUGCCAGGAUUGGUACUUGAGGAAGAAUUGGCAGAUGCUCUUCAAGAGGUAGCAGUGAAAUACCUCGGAGUUAGUUCAGCGGGUGUCCACGGUGUUGUCCGGGCAGACCAUGUCAGUAGAGACGAAGCCGGCUUGAGAGAACUACUGCGUACGGGCUACUUGAGGUCUGCUAUUAAUCUGACCGCUACGUUGAUUAGCGCUGCUGGACAGGGUGCGGGUCGUAUGCACAGACCAACAAAACACACGCCGAGAUCUCUGCAGCUCUGGCUGACAAGAUUCGCAGUAAUGUGCCGGAUAAGGUUGUAUGAACCGCUGUUGAAAGAAGCCGAGCCAUUUGGUGAUUUUAACAAGCCGGAUAUGUUUUAUCAGUUCUAUCCAGAUUCGUACGAGAAUCGAACCGGUUCCCUAGUUCCGUUCUCGUUGCGUUUAUUGAUAGCAGAGCUACCGAUGCACGUGAACAAACCGGAGGAGGCUAUGGACAGACUGUACGCUAUGUUAAGCGUUAUUGAGCAGAUGAUAGCUAACCUCAAAGAGAGUAGAACAGAGGAUGGUACAUCAACCAUAACAGCGGAAGAUCAAACCGAAUCCCUACGCCUGUGGACAAGUAGGCAGACAAGAGUGUUACACUCGAUCAUCAACUGUGCUAUUGCUUUAAAGGACUACCGUCUAGCAACAAAGAUUCUGUCAUCGCUUGCGGAAUCGGGUUCAGUACAACAAAGGCGAGCUUUACAAAGUGCGAUAUGUCGAGUGUCACUUUUGGCGGGAAACGUCCGCGCUGCGACCGAACAGUGUAGUAUGGCGCAAGAACUUAGGCAUAGUCUAUGUCCCACGCCAGAUGUACGAGAGUAUGUCGAUCUCGGUUUAAUAGACAUAGCACACGGCAAGUAUCAAGACGCUUACAACAACUUCGCGAAAGCAGCUGACCAGGAACCGACGAAUAUCAUGGUCGCAAACAACCUAUCAGUCUGUCUCCUCUACAUGGGACGUCUAAAAGAAGCCAUCGCAGUACUCCAGAAGGCAAUAAACUCUGAUCCAGAACGAGGCCUCAAUGAAAGCCUUCUUAUAAAUCUCUGCACACUAUACGAGUUGGAAUCGUCUAAAACUAAUGAAAAGAAACUAAAUUUACUGAGAAUGUUGUGCAAACACAAGAGUGAUACAAUACCGAAUGUUCUGGAAUGUCUUAAAUUGGCCUAAUUAUUUACUAUUAUCAAUAGAUUCUUUUUGCAAUUAAUUUAGUGAAUUUAUUUUAUGUGUAUAUAUACGAAUUAUUAUUAUUAAAUUAUUGAAUUCUG